AAAAUGAUGAGUGAGUGUUUUCACACAGCUAGUUGCAUGAAGGGCAGGAAGAGGAGGAUAUAUCAAUCUUUAUGUCUGAGAAUCCCUGUUACUUCAGAGGCAGAACAAAGACUAGGUGGCCGCGAUGUCUGACGUACCUUAUGAAAAUAAUUGGGACAACACUGCCCUCUGGACCAAAGAUUCUCCACCGCACUUCGUCUCACCGAUGUCCAGGUUCAAACGCUGGUUAUUUCCUGGUCUGACUGCUGUGAUCCUGUUGAUUCUGAUCAUAGUGCUUGGAGUUACCAACACGAAGACAUCAAAAUAUCUGUGGUCUGUGGAUCAGAGAGUUUCCAACAUGAGUGACAUCAUCCAGUCAUUUAACACCUCACUGCAUCAAGCUCAAGAAACAGCUAAACAAGUUCAGCAGCUGCAGUUUACUGUUGAGAACAACAAGGACCGGCUUACCUCAGUGUCGGAGGCCAUGAAGCAGCUGGCACUCAUCGACACACUCACCAAGAAUAUUGCAGCCAUCAAAUGUUCCCUUGAACACAUCAUCAACAACAGUUCAACUACAGGUGGUUGUUGUCCUGUGGGUUGGACUGUGUUUGAGUCCACCUGUUACUUCUUCAGCAGUGAUUCUCGGUCCUGGACUGGGUCCAGAGACUGGUGUGAAACACAACAAGCCCACCUGGUCAUUCUGCGUAACGACAAGGAGUGGGACUUUGUGACCCGUAAUACAAUCCCUCAAUUGUACUGGAUCGGUUUGUCUGACUCCAGAACUGGGAGGUGGGAGUGGGUGAACCAGACACCAUACAGGAUUGAGCGCAGGCGAUGGAUACCUGGGCAGCCUGACAGCUGGACUGGGCACGGUCUUGGAGGGGAUGAAGACUGUGCUCACCUUCACAGUGAUGGACGCCUGAAUGACCACCACUGCUCCGCCAGGUUCCGCUUCAUCUGUCAGAAACACAGCCUGAACAUUUGAACACAUUCGUUUGCCUGGCUCCGCCCACAAACUGCUCUCCAACUACUGUUGAUUACAAAGAAAAUUUCUCUUUAAGAUAUAAGACAGAAAAAUCUUAUUAAGUAGAAUUCAUCUAAUGUGGACUUCCUGUUCCAUAGUGGGGCGCUGUUGAGCUUGACCAGAAUGAAUGGGACUCUAAGGAGUCCAUGAUUUACAGGUUGUGUUUUUGUUGUAGUAAAAUACCUUUCUGUGAGUAUUAGGGACAUCACACCACCAGGUCCAGUUUAUCCCAGAUCACGAAGCCUAACCCUUUGUGCUCUUUAGCUUCACCUACCACCAUUCAAACUGAACAGGCUUACUGUGGGCAUGUUUUAGAUAGCACACAAGAGUCACUGUGAUGUCACACAUUGAUUAUAGACUCACUAUGUUGGGUUUUCGGUGCCAGAAACAAUAAGCAGACUGGGUGAAGUGUUAAGUUAUCAGUUGUGUGCAUCUCACACAACUGAAACAUAAAAAUUGUACUACAGUUGUACAAACAAUGCUACAAUGUAAACCUAAAUAAAAAGUAUCCAUCCAUCCAUC